GCACAGCCAUACGGCCACUGAACACUGUUCCAACAUCAUCGCAGGGCUUUGCAUUCUACCAGACUUGGGAACACAGCAUGGCUCCCUCAAACCAGCCCAUCACACAGGCUCUCCUCGCCCGGGCACACUCUCCCGACAGCGCCAACCGUCUCUUUUCCGAGAAAAUCCAGUACCGACCGCUCUACCUCAGACCAAGCUCGCCACCGCCGCCAUCAAACGCCCGAGAGACCCGUCGCAAGGCCCGCGAAGAAUCAAAAAGGAAACAGAAGCUCAGGCCGAAACCUCUCUCGGCCCGCGAAAGACACAGGCGCGGCCUCUACGAAGUACCCCGCGAGGGCCAAAAAUACUCCAUCUUCGGACCACUCCACCGCCUUUGGCUGGGCUACAUUGAGGAGGUAUUGGGCUCUGAGCUAUACACAGGCGGUGCCGCUGCAUCGGCGAAGCUGAGCGCUGCCGAGUUCCACGGUGCUGCGGUGGAAGUGUCGCGCAGCUCCUGCCCAAGCAGGGUUGGCAUCAAGGGCAUCGUUAUCAAAGACGGCAAAUUCGCAUUCGAGAUCAUCACGCCAAAGAACGACAUCAAGAUUGUACCAAAAGAGGGAACAUGGUUCAAAUUUGAAGUACCCGUCAAGGAGCCGGACACAGAGUCAACCCCACAAGGCUCCCCGCGGCGAUUCGUUUUCGAGGUUCUUGGUGACCAAUUCCUGAUGCGCGGGGCGGAUCGAGCAAACAAAAAGUUCAAGCCUCACUACCUAAAAAACCUAUGAGGCGUCCACUCGGCGCAUUACGCAGUACGGCAUGCGCUAGGCAUGUCUCGCACGCUUGCAAAUGGUCAAAAGAAAAGGCCGAAAAUUGCACACGCAAUAAUCAUGAAAUAGUGUAUUGCGCUUCAAUGCGAUGAUGGACCUAUGAGAGGAAGACGAGAGCGUGGAAAAGAAACGGGGAGGGAAGGAAGAUGGGGGACCAUUCCAGGGAGCAAAACGUUUUCAGUGCGCUGUAAGAAGUGCAAAAGUUAUCACGAAGCGCUCUCAGAUGCGGGAUCUAACCGCUGAAACUCCCCGAGGUGGGCUCGAACCA